GUUGGUGGCUGAGUGCCGACUGUACCGACUACCGAGAGCUUGAAGCUUGUGUGAAAUGCUUGGCAAUGCAGCGUUCCGUCUGCACAUUAUGCUACUUUUGUCGGCAUGGGCCAAUUUCACAUCAUCUUGUACGCUGUCGCCUGCAUGCAGCAUCACCAGCGACGCCGUCGGAUACGGUCGGCCUACAUGAAAGCACUUUUGCGCGCAAGAGGGUUGGCGACGUGCUCUGCCGUCAACGAUUUGGUUGUCAUGCAAGGGUCUUUGCUGGGAAAAAAACGGAAGCAGAGAAGUGUCUGGAUGAAGAUUCGUUCUAAUGACUGGUGGGACCGCAUUGUGGCAACAGAGUUCACCGACGAGGACAGGAAAGGCACACCAAAGAAGGAAAACCCUAACGCGCCCGAAGGCAAAUGACGGACGUCUCGCUUCUAAGGGGCCGCCAACAUAGGAAAUGGAAGAGCAACCCAACGUUGUGUAGAAAGGCCUAUUUGCGAUUUCUGAAAUUAUGUAAAAGCUUUGAUGACAUCUUAUGGUAAUAAU